AUGGCCGAGCACAGGCACGGAGGGUGCCAGGAGUGGGGGAAGCCGAAAUUCCCGGGAAUUGGGGGGUGGAACCCCCCGGAGUGCCGGGAAUGGAGGGGCUGGACUCCAGAGCCGCUGCCGACCCUGAAAACGGAGACACAGCCCCCCGAGAAGCGGCGGAGGACGAUCGAGGACUUCAAUAAGUUCUGCAGCUUCGUCUUGGCCUACGCCGGGUACAUCCCGGCGGCCGCUGAGGACCCCCCCUGGGCGUCGUCGGGCCCCAGCUCCCCGCAGGCCGAGGGGGGGGACGGCUGGGGCUCGGCCCCCGCGGCCCUGCGGACCAUCGAGACCUUCGUGCGCAAGGCCAAGUCGUCCAAGCGGCGGGGGCUGGGCCCCCCCGAGAGCUCCCUGCUGGACAAGAUGCGCCUCAAGGACUCCCUGUUCGACCUCCCCGCCCCCGCGCCCGCCGCCGCCGCCCCCCUCGGCCAGGACCCCCGCCCGCCUCCCGCCCGCCGGGACCCCCAGAGACGCCGCGGCCGCCGCAGCCGCCGGGGGCUCGAGGGAGCCGGGGGCGGCGCGAGGCGCCUGCGGCUCAAGAAGAGCAAGAAGAGGCGCUGGAAGAAGGGGACAGGGAUGGGGGUCAGGGCCCGGGGGCCAGGGGUCUCCCAGCGAGACGGACUCGGAGGAGGGCCCCCUCGCCCCCCGCCGCCACCCCCGCCCCCGCUGCCCCCGAAGGGCCGGGGAGAGAAGCUGGGGGCCGUGAGGGGAGCGGUGCUGGGGGCUCGGGGGGCCAAGGAGGGCAGGGGGCAGGGCAGCACCGAGACGAGCCGGGACGGCGGCGGGGACGGGAGCUCCAGCGAGGACACCAGGGUCAUGGGCGAGGACAUCAUGGUGGAGUCGGGUGACGACUCGUGGGAUUUGAUCACCUGCUACUGCCAGAAGCCGUUCGCGGGGCGGCCGAUGAUCGAGUGCAGCCAGUGCGGGACGUGGAUCCACCUGUCCUGCGCCAAGGUCAAGAAGAACAACGUCCCCGACGUCUUCUACUGCCAAAAAUGCAGGGAGGGGCCCCGCCGAGCCCCCCCCGGCACGCCCAGAGCAGGAGGGGGGGACUCCUAAAACAACCCCCUGCCCCCCGCCCCAAGAGUCACCUUUGACGGAGCCCCCCCUGCCUGGGGGGGUUGAUUUUUGGGGGGGUGUCCAUCCUAAAAUGGGAGGAAGCCUCAAGAAAUGAGGUUUUGGGCACCCUCCCCCCCCACCCUGGGUUUGGGGGUUUUGGGGUCCUCAAGCCCCCGAAGCCACGAGGUUUUUGGGGUCGCUCAGCCCUGAGAUGGGGGUGGUUUUGGGGGGGCUCUUCACCCCUCACCCCCCCCUCCCCCAAAAGAUAAGCGGUUCUGGGGUCCCUCGCCCCCAAAAUGGGGGUGUUUGGGGGUCCUUCGGCCCCAGGGCAGGAGGUUUUGGGGUCCCUCAUCUGCAGGACAGGAGGGUUUUGGGGUCCCUCUCCCCCUGGGUUAUGAGAUUUGGGGGGCCCUUCCCCCGAAUCAGGAGGUCUUUGGGGUCUCCUCCACCCCCAGGAUGGGAGGGUUUGGGGGUCCCUCACCCCCGACUGAGAUUUGGGGUCCCCCCCUAAAAUAGGGGGCUUUUGGGGGCCCCCUACCGAAAUCAUGAGGUUUUGGGGUCCCCCCCUCAAACCCCAGGACAGGACAGGAGGGUCCCUGUCUCCAGAGGAAGAGAUUUAGGGACUCCCCCAAAAUACAGGAGGAGGGCUGGGGGUCCCUUACCCCAGACUAAAGGGUUUGGGGGACCCCUCCCUAAGACAAGGGGGGUCCCUCCCCCCCCAUCACGACGUUUUGGGGUCCCUCAUCCCUGGUACAAGCUUUGGGGAGGGGGGGUUCCCCCUCUAAAUCAAGGGGAGGGGGAGCAUUUGGGGGUGUCCCCCCCCCGAGACCUGAGGUUUUGGAAUCGAGUUUUUUCAUGUGUGUUAUUUUUCUAAACGUUCCCUGCGCCCCACUUUUUUUGGGGGGCCCCCCCUCUCCCCCCCUAAAUUUGGGGGGUGUUCAGAGCAUCAUUGUGGUGGGAGGGGGGGGAUCCCCGUUCUGGGCAGAGUCUGUCCCAGAUGGGGAGGGGGGAGUUAUGGGGUUUUUUUUGGGGAGGGUCCCCCCCAUCUCCCUCAGGUGGAAUUUGGGGGCCCCCCCCACACACACACCUUUUUUCCCCUUCCCCUUUUUGUUUGAAGGAUAAUAUUUUGGAUUUUGUGGGGCUGCAGCCCCCCCCUUGUAAAUAAACGGCGCUGUUGCUUCGUA